AUCGACCUACAAAUCCAGCGAUCUACCGGUCCAGCGAUCUUACGAUCCAGCGAUCUACAGAUCCAACGAUCUAUAGAUCCAGCGAUCUACCGAUCCAGCGAUCUACAGAUCCAGCGAUCUACCGAUCCAGCGAUCUAUAGAUCCAUUGAUCUACCGAUCCAGCGAUCUACAGAUCCAGCGAUCUAGUCAUCUAUAGUUCAAGCGAUCUACCGAUCCAGCGAUCUACAGAUCCAGCGAUCUAGUGAUUUAUAGAUCUAGUGAUCUACCGAUCCAGCGAUCUAUAGAUCCACCGAUCUACCGAUCCAGCGAUCUACAGGUCCUUCGAUCUACCGAUCCAGCGAUCUACAGAUCCAGCGAUCUACCGAUCUACAGAUCCAUUGAUCUACAAACCCAGCGAUCUACCGAUUAAGCGAUGUAACGAUCCAACGAUCUAUAGUUCCAGCGAUCUACAGCGCCAGCGAUCUACCGAUCCAGCCAUCAACAGAUCCAUCGAUCUACCGAUCCAGUGAUCUACCGAUCCAGCGAUCUAAAGAUCCAACGAUCUACAGCUCCAGCGAUCUACAGAUCCAGCGAUCUAACGAUCAAGCGCUCUACAGAUCCGGAGAUCUAUCGAUCCAGCGAUCUAUAGAUCCAGCGAUCUACAGCUCCAGCGAUCUAGCAAUCGAGCGAUCUACAGAUGUACAGAUCCAGGGAUCUAACAAUCUAGCGAUCUAUAGAUCCAGCGAUCUAGAGCUCCAGCGAACUACAGAUCCAGCGAUCUACCGAUCCAACGAGCUAAAGAUCCAGCGAUCUAACGAUCCAGCAAUCUAUAGAUCCAGCGAUCUACAGCUUCUGCGAUCUAUCGAUCCAGCGAUCUACAGAUCCAGUGAUCUAUAGAUCCGGCGAUUUAUAGAUCCAGCGAUCUAGAGAUCCAGCGAUCUACCGAUCCAGCGAUCUACAGAUCUACAGAUUCAGCGAUCUAACAAUCCAGCGAUGUACAGCUCCAGCGAUCUGUAGAUCCAGCGAUCUAUAGAUCUAGUAAUCUACAUAUCCAGCAAUCUACCGAUAAAGCUAUCUACAGAUCGAGCGAUCUAUAGAUCCAGCGAUCUAUAGAUCCAGCCAUCUACCGAUCCUGCGAUCUAGUGAUCCAGCCAUCUACCUAUCCAGCGAUCUACUGAUCCAGCGAUCUACCGAUCGAGCGAUCUAUAGACCAAGCGAUCUGUAGAUCUAGCGAUCUACAGAUCCAGCAAUCUACCGAUCCAGCUAUCUACAGAUCCAGCGAUCUAUAGAUCCAGCCAUCUACCGAUCUACAGAUCCAGCGAUCUAAAAAUCCAGCGAUUUACCGAUCCCGCGAUCUACAGCUCCAGCGAUGUACCGAUCCAGCGAUCUACAGAUCCAGCGAUCUAUAGAUCCAUCGAUCUACCGAUCCAGCGAUCUACAGGUCCAGCGAUUUACUGAUCAUGCGAUCUACUGAUCCAGCGAUCUAUAGAUCCAUCGAUCUAUAGAUCCAGCGUUCUAACGAUCCAGCGAUCUAUAGAUCCAGCGAUCUACACCUCCAGCGAUGUACCGAUCCAGCGAUCUACAGAUCCAGCGAUCUAUAGAUCCACUGAUCUAUAGAUCCAGCGAUCUACCGAUCCAGCGAUCUACAGCUCAAGCGAUCUACCGAUCCAGCAAACUACCGAUCCAGCGAUCUACAGAUCAAGCGAUCUAACGAUCCAGCGCUCUACAGAUCUAGAGAUCUAUAGAUCCAGCGAUCUACCGAUCCAGCGAUCUACAGCUCGAGCGAACUACAGAUCCAGCGAUCUACCGAUCCAGCGAUCUAUAGAUCCAGCGAUCUACCGAUCGAGCGAUCUACCGAUCGAGCGAUCUCUAGAUGUAGCGAUCUACAGAUCCAGCAAUCUACCGAUCCAGCUAUCUGCAGAUCCAGCGAUCUGCCGAUUUACAGAUCGAGCAAUCUACAAAUCCAGCGAUCUACCGAUCCUGCGAUCUUACGAUCCAUGGAUCUACAGAUCCAGCGAUCUAUAGAUCCAGCGAUCUACAGCUCCAGCGAUCUACAGCUCCAGCGAUCUACAGCUCCAGCGAUCUAGCAAUCGAGCGAUCUACAGAUGUACAGAUCCAGGGAUCUAACAAUCUAGCGAUCUAUAGAUCCAGCGAUCUAGAGCUCCAGCGAACUACAGCUCCAGCGAUCUACCGAUCCAACGAUCUAAAGAUCAAGCGAUCUAACGAUCCAGCAAUCUAUAGAUCCAGCGAUCUACAGCUUCUGCGAUCUAUCGAUCCAGCGAUCUACAGAUCCAGUGAUCUAUAGAUCCAGCGAUCUACCGAUCCAGCGAUCUACCGAUCCAAUUAUCUACAGAUCCAGCGAUCUAUAGAUUCAUCGAUCUACCGAUCUACAGAUCGAGCAAUCUACAAAUCCAGCGAUCUACCGAUCCAGCGAUCUUACGAUCCAGGGAUCUACAGAUCCAGCGAUCUAUAGAUCCAGCGAUCUACAGAUCCAGCGAUCGAUCUAGCGAUCUACCGAUCCAGCGAUCUGACGAUCCAGCGAUCUAUAUAUUGAGCGAUCUACAGCUUUAGCGAUCUACCGAUCCAGCGAUCUACAGAUCCAGCGAUCUAGAGAUCCAGCGAUCUAUAGAUCCAGCAAUCUACCGAUCCAGCGAUCUACCGAUCAAGCGAUCUACCUAUCCAGCGAUCUAUAGAUCAAGCGAUCUAUAGAUCUAGCGAUCUAAAGAUCCAGCAAUCUACCGAUCCAGCUAUCUACAGAUCCAGCGAUCUAUAGAUUCAGCGAUCUAUAGAUCUAGCGAUCUACAGAUCCAGCAAUCUACCGAUCCAGCUAUCUACAGAUCCAGCCAUCUAUAGAUCCAGCAAUCUAUAGAUCCAGCGAUCUACAGCUUUAGCGAUCUACAGAUCCAGCGAUCUACUGAUCUACUGAUCCAUCGAUCUACCGAUUCAGCGAUCUUACGAUCCAGCGAUCUACAGCUCCAGCGAUGUAACGAUCCAACGAUCUAUAGUUCCAGCGAUCUACAGCGAAAGCGAUCUACCGAUCCAGCCAUUAACAGAUCCAUCUAUCUACCGAUCCAACGAUCUACAGAUCCAGCGAUCUACCGAUCCAGCGAUGUAACGAUCCAACGAUCUAUAGUUGCAGCGAUCUACAGCGAAAGCGAUCUACCGAUCCAGCCAUUAACAGAUCCAUCUAUCUACCUAUCCAGCGAUCUACAGAUCCAGCGAUCUACCGAUCCAGCGAUCUAAAGAUCCAGCGAUCUACAGCGAAAGCAAUCUACCGAUCCAGCGAUCUACAGAUCCAGCGAUCUACCGAUCCAGCGAUCUACAGAUCAAGCGAUCUAACGAUCUAG